AGAAGGAUGAGAUCUCUGAACGUGUGCAUUUUACUAAACCUGGCACUUGUAGUUUGCGGUGUGCCUGUAUCACAGAUUACACUGCAAGAUGAAAGUUUUGCAGAGAGCUACCUAAAGAAAUUCUUCAACCUGACAGAGGAGCGAGGUCUGUCGACCCGCAGGGGAAUCAGCCCUGUGAGCAGGAAGCUGGGGGAGAUGCAGAGGUUCUUUGGUCUCCAGAUUACUGGGAAUCUGGAUGCUGAAACCCUGGAGCUGAUGAAGAAGCCUCGCUGUGGGGUUCCAGAUGAAAACAUUGCUCGUUUCUCAACUUUUGGAAACAAUUUGAAAUGGCAGAAAAAUGACCUCACAUACAGGAUAGAGAACUACACACCCGACAUGUCUGUGUCUGAGGUGGACUGGUCCAUGGAUAAAGCUCUCCAGGUUUGGGCCAGGGUCACUCCUCUAAGAUUCACAAGAAUAUACAGCGGCACAGCUGACAUCAUGGUCUCCUUUGGUCGUCGGGCACAUGGUGAUUAUUAUCCCUUCGACGGCCCUGAUGGCACACUAGCCCAUGCCUUUGCUCCUUCCUCUGGCAUUGGAGGAGACGCUCAUUUUGAUGAUGAUGAAACUUUCACCUUGCAUUCAAGCAGAGGCUACGUCCUCUUCAUGGUCGCUGCCCAUGAGUUCGGCCACUCUCUGGGCUUGUCUCACUCCGAUGACCCUGGUGCCCUCAUGUAUCCUCUGUACUCAUACAGGAGCCCUGACUCCUUCGUUCUGCCCCGGGACGAUGUCAAAGGCAUCCAGUCCCUGUAUGGCUCAAACCCUACUAAAGAUCCCUCUAUUGGUGAACCUCAGCCACCUACUACUCCCGAUGCUUGUGAUUCAACAAUGGUGCUGGAUGCUGUCACCACCUUGCGAGGAGAAAUGCUUUUCUUCAAGGACAGCUUCUUCUGGCGCAGCUUACCUCAGAGCAGGACCCCUCAGCAAAGUGUCAUCACAAACGUCUGGCCCAGCGCCCCCGUCAACAUCGAUGCUGCUUAUGAAAGCCCACAGUUGGACAGAGUCUUUCUCUUCAAAGGACAUAGCGUGUGGGCUUUCUCUGGUUAUCAGCCUGUACAGGGCUAUCCAAAAAAGCUUUCACAUUUCGGCCUUCCGAGAAUGGUGAAGAAGAUCGACGCUGCUCUGCAUGAUGUGGCAUCUGGCAAAACGCUCUUCUUUGUUGGGAAGUAUUUCUUCAGUUAUGAUGAGGCCAGGAAGACUAUGGACUGGGGUUUUAGAAGGGUGGAUCAGACAUUUCCCAACAUUUCCAGCAAGGUGACGGCAGCCUUCCAGUAUAGAGGUGUGACUUACAUUUACAGUGGAUCUCACAUGUUUGAGUACGACCUCAGGACCGGGAGGCUGUACCGUGUGCUGAGGAACAGCUACUUCUUGCCUUGCAAUAACUUCUAGGCCAAUUUAUCUCAUACUGUUGCUCUGUUGAGGAUUGUAGUUUUAAGAUGUUUAAAUGUGGAAAUUAAUCUUCUAACUUCAAAUUGGUGGUUGAUUUUAAAAUAAUACCCCUAUUUUAAAAUACAUUUCCAGUCCUUUCGUCCUCCAAAAUACAAUCAAAUCAUCUUAUAUGAAUUAUGAACUAUCAAAUACACAAGUCCAACUUUAUAUUUAAUGCUAUUGUCAAACAGUCAACAUUUCUGUAUUUAUAAAACACCAACCUUUAAAAGGAACCCUGGCUAUUAAGACAUGUAGGUCUUAAAAGAUAAAUGGUAUCAAUUAUAACAAUGUGAUAUAAAAAACCUUGUUGAUGUCUUCGUUUUUAUAAAAUUUGAAAAUAUAAUUUAACUCGUAGGUCGCCAUUGUUGUUUACAUUCUGGGUAGUGACGUCAGACGGUGGCACCUGCUAACCCCCGUCCACUGUUUUGACACCCAGAAACAGAUGAAAACACAGCUAAACAGGUGACGGCGCACCAGAAACACAGAUCAAAACACAGCCAAACAUUAAGGUGACGAAGCACCUACAAAAAAGUAAAAAAAAAAAAAAAAAAAAGUGCUGCAGCAUAAAGCAUGAACUAUAAAAACACCAUAAAACUCAGAUAGACUAACCGACCACACGUUUCAACCAGCAGAUAGCCAAUGCUACAAUAAAAACCCCAGCCAGAUCUGGUGUCAUUAAAUUAAAUAAAGAUGUUCUUGCCUAUUUGAUAGCGAAGUCUGCGCCUCCCGUUUCGUCAAAGUCCCGGGCCAGUCCCCUCAGCCUCUGGUCUGUCAUCACCCAGAACCGAGGCCGGUUUUAGGGGGGGAGAGGGGUGGGCUAGGCCCACCCAAACGUGCAUAUUGCCCACCGGCUUCUCCAUCCCGGCGGCGAGAGCGGAGAGCGGAUGGCGGUGCGCUGCAGGCUCUAAAGCCCCGGCUACGCCGUCUACGCCGUAGGCCACGCCGUCUACGCAGGAGCCUAAUGCACUGGUAAGAUGCGCACGACAUUGAUCAUUUUUGCAGAUCUCCCGUGCAUCACAGAACUUUGAUCCAGUUUGCCUGAACCGAGACGUCUUAUGGGCUCCCUCGUCAGCCUCCACGGCCGGGAGAGUGCUGCUCAUCUAUGUUUUGGAUACCUGUCCCAGUUAAACUAACGCGGCUUAUCUUUCCCGCUCUACGUCAUCGCCCCCAGAAUGCAUUGCGCAGGUAAAACAUGGCGCCUCCCGCAGGUCAAAAUAUGUGAUAAACAUUGUAGAUUUUUAAAGCAAUUAGAUUAUUUUAUGUGUUUCUAACAACAUAUUUUAGUAUAAGAGAACAAUUGUGGCUAAUUAGGGACUACAUGUCUUAAUAGCCAGGGUUCCUUUUAAGAAUUAAUCAAUCAAGUGCACUUGAUCAGCAGCACCUGGUUGCAACGUACCUUUCUGAGUUAGCAGAAAGAAGGUACUUUUACUUUCUUACUUCGUUUACUUUACUUUUACAGGUUGUUCUAGGUUUUGUUCAAUCGUAAUGACAUUGUAUAUGUCAUGUGUUAUUUUACAUCAGAGGCGUUAAUUAAUUUUAAGACCUGGUGAGGAUCUUUUCUUUUUUUAUGUCCUAAUACAUAAAACAUUCUAGUUGAAAAAGGAAAUUAUUUUCUGCAUAAAUGAUAAAUGUUUCUGUUGAUCUGAUUAUAAUCAUUUUAAUAUCAUUAUGUCUUCUCCCUGGCAUAUGUGCGUGCGUGCGUGCGUGCGUGCGUGCGUGCGUGCGUGCGUGCGUGCGUGCGUGCGUGCAUA